GCUUCUCUUACUUUUUUAUCUUCUGCUUUAGCCUGCACCCCCAUUACUUGUACACCUUAUUCUACUCAGCCAAUUCAGUUACCACAAGCCACGAUGAUCUGCAGCUGCGAAGACGAAAAGAUCGUAAAGCCAGGAUGUGUCUGUAAGCCUUCUACCGAAGAUGCCACUCUUACCAGAACAUUCUGCGCAAAGAAGCAAGAGAAUGGGAAAUACCUGGUAACUCUUAUCCCGGGAGAUGGAAUUGGCCCUGAGAUUUCUCUGUCGGUCAAGAAAAUCUUUGAGGCAGCCAAGGUUCCCAUUGAGUGGGAAGAGGUUGAUGUGACACCUGUCAAGAAGGACGGCCGAAUUGCUAUUCCCGACAAGGCUAUCUACAGCAUCCUCCGCAGUACUGUUGCCCUCAAGGGCCCUCUUGCCACCCCAAUCGGAAAGGGCCAUGUGUCUCUAAACCUGACCCUUCGCCGCACAUUCAACCUCUAUGCCAACGUUCGUCCUUGUCGCUCUAUUGUUGGCUACAAGACUCCUUAUGAUGAUGUCAAUACUAUCAUUAUCCGUGAAAACACCGAGGGAGAGUAUUCUGGUAUUGAGCACGAGAUUAUCGAUGGCGUUGUUCAAUCUAUCAAAUUGAUCACAAAGGAGGCCUCAGAGCGUGUGGCUCUCUAUGCCUUCAAAUAUGCUAGAUCAAUUGGCCGUAAGAAGGUUACUGCAGUACACAAGGCAAACAUUAUGAAAUUGGCCGAUGGUCUCUUUUUAGAAUCAUGCAAGCGGGUAUCUAAGGACUUUCCCGAUAUCGAGUUUGAUGAUAUGCUUUUGAAUCAAGCUUGUUUAGAGAUUACCAUGGAUCCUGCUCCGUUUGCCUCCACAGUUCUGGUUAUGCCCAACCUCUACGGUGAUAUCUUGUCAGAUUUGUGUGCUGGUUUGAUUGGUGGUCUUGGUCUGACACCAUCUGGAAACAUUGGUCGUGAUGCGUCCGUGUUCGAAGCUGUACAUGGAACUGCUCCUGAUAUUGCUGGUCAAGAUAAGGCCAACCCCACUGCAUUACUUUUGUCUAGUAUUAUGAUGUUGAGACACAUGAACUUGGAAAAGGAAGCUUCAGACAUCGAGCAGGCUAUUUUCAAGACAAUCGCCGAAGGAAAGCACUUGACAGGCGAUCUUGGCGGUCGCUCAACAAACACUGAAUACACCCAAGCAGUCAUCGAAAACUUGAAAGCCACUAUGGUCUAAACCUCAAAAAAUGCCAUUUAUUACAUAAACCAAAUCAAUCAAUCAAUCAACAAGAUAAAUAAAUAAUCUUUACAUGAUUAUAAUAU